UAUCUUCUAUUGUCAUAAGUCAACUCUUCUCCCUUCUUUAUCUCCAAUAGAGCACAAACAUAAGAAAACACUGGUUUCUAUAGAUCUUUAGGGAGUGCCAUAAUCUUCACCUUGUAAAUUUCACUGUUCUUAGAAGUGAAGAGACAUGGAGAGUGAAAGCAAUAAGUCUAAGCAGAAGCAGAAGCUAGAAGUAUAUGAUAUCCUCUGGGAAUCUGUUGUGAUCUAUUUCAGAAACCUCAACUUCAUCAUCUUCACCUUUCUCACUUCUAUUCCUCUCUUUUGUAUCAUGGUUUACUUUGAAAUUUUCCUCCAAGAACUCCUGGUUGAAACCUCAAAUAUUGUUAACCUGCCACAUGAAUCACAUGAUGACUCCACAGUCUUCACUGACUACGACUUCAUCGACUAUCGCUACAGCUACAGGCCAGAUCUUAUCAUAGACAGAUUCAACAAGGACUAUGUCCUGAAGUUGAUUCUAACUGGAUUCAUUUACAUGGUGCCACUCUAUGUCUUAGAGUUUGUGUCAGCAAUUGUUACUAUAGCUUUGGCUUCAAAGUUGCAUUCAAAAGAGAAGAAAAUGACUCUUAAGGAGAUGGUUCAGAAACCCUUUGACCUAUCAAAAUUGAGAGGCUCAUUUGUCACUUCUGUCUAUGUUCUCUUCUUGACAACUACUCACCAGCUUGGAUUACUGUUUAUAGUUCUAAAUUACCAUGUUUACUUGAAGGACUCGAGUUUUUACUUGUUGUUCGCGGUAAUUUGCAGCGCAGCAUUCGCAAAGGUUUUAAGGAUGUAUUUGGAGUGGAGUGCUAUGUGGAACAUGAGUCUUGUGAUGUCGGUGUUGGAGGGGAUAUAUGGUGUUGAUGCAUUAGCAGUGUCGGCUUAUUUCAGCAGAGGAUGCCACAGGAGGGGGCUCUUUUUGAUGCUGAUUUUCUUUGCUUGGGGACAUCUUUUGAGGCUUUCAUGCUACCAUAUUGGAGGCUAUGAGCAAGGAAAUGCAAUUUUUGUACAAGUUGGCUUGUACUGCAUGGUAAAUCCGCUGAAAUGGGUGGCCUGCAUGAUCUAUGCCCAUGAUUGCAAGGAGAGGAAGUUGGAAAAGAAAGCUGAUGAGGAAUCAGGCAAAGAUGUUAAGAAUGGUUCGUGAAUGAGAAGUGGUUGCUGUGCACAAAAAUAAGGGAGUCACUAUGAGUACAGAACAAGGAUCAAGAUAGCUAGCUGGUUAAGCAACCUUUUAAGAUGAUUAAUCGAUAAAUGCUAUCUUCUACUUUGUUAUAACUGUAUUAUUUCAAUCAGCUCAGCUUAACUAUGAAAAAUGUUUUCUUUUACAUUGUGAUUAGUCAGUUACGAAGUAGUAUAUA